CGGGGAGCGGGCGCCGGCGAGGGAGGGCGAGACAGGCCAGCAGCGCCCGGCCCAGCGUGACGGCCCCGGAGCGGGCAUCCCGCGCGAGCGCCCCACGGCGGCGGCAGCAUGAACGGUCCCCAGCCCGCCGUGCCGGAGCCAAGCCCAGCUGAGGAGGCCGAAGGCCGGGCAGGAAAGGCUGCGGUGGGCGCCCGGGAGCAGGGCCCUCGGCUGGGCCCGCGGCUGCCGUCCAUCGUGGUGGAGCCCAGCGAGGCUGGCGCCGUGGAGAGCGGGGAGCUGCGUUGGCCCCCCGAGGGCGCCCAGCGGGGCUCCCCCCAGAUCCAGGGCGCUGCUGCCCCCGCCCCGAGUCUGCCAGGAGCACCAGGGGACGCCGCUCUGGACGCUGCUGGCAGCCGGCGAGCCGGCUCUGGGAGCCAGGCCCUCGCGGCCCAGUAACAGGACGAGGACGUGGCCAGGCUCCGCUGUCCCUGCCGACCCCGCCAUCGCCCUCCGACGGCGGAGAGGACCCGCGUCCCAGGUGGCCAGGCUGGUGCGCAGAGAACAGAGCCGGGCCACUGCCUCCUCCGGCCCCACCGAGUCAGGCUGGGCCCACAGCCCCGUCCUCUCCCGUCCUCGGCCAGGGCCCCCGUGGGGGUCCCACCCCCCCUUGUUCCGUGGUUUGAAGUGGAAAUAAAGGC